UAAAAAAGUUCCCAUAACAACAGAAACGCGAAUGUACCAAAAUCCAGCGAAGCAAUUUUAUUUCUCUUAUUUUUGCCGUAUUCCCGUCAAGUUUUUAUUUUGCAGAGAUUGUGGUACUUUUCAGGAAGAAUCAUUAUGUAGGCUAGACUGUUUUAUAAAGCAUACCGGUAUUGUUCACUUACUUCCCCGACCCGUGACAAAGAGAGCAUCAUGAUGGCUGCCCCUCUACCAGCCAUCCACAACACAAGGGGGCACUCACCUAUCAUUGACCCAGUCAUGCAGCACAGGAUCCCUAGUCCACCCAAUAAGAUGAGGCCAUCGGAGCAGUACACAAAGCCAAAGUACAGAAUGCAAGGCAGAAGGGACAGGCAGCACUCGUUAAAAAAUGGAUCGGGCAGAAACAAAAGUCCACAGAUGAGCAAAAUUGAGGCCCAAAAAUAUCGCAAUACAUUCUUUCACAACCUGUGCUUAGAGGUGCUUCAGCAGGGUUUCCAUCGCUCCUUCUCAGAAAUCUUCUACCUUAUCAAGCACCAGCAGAAGAUUGUGGAGGAUGCAGGAGCUGACUCUUUGCUCCAGGAUCGUUCUAUCCUGGCCGACCAACAUGAGAAGCUCAGGCAAAUGAAACACCAUCUCACCGAGUCUGAACUUGCCUUAAGACAAGAUAAUAUGUCCAAAGUCUUUGAAGAGAGGGAAAAAUUAGCGAAGUAUUUCUUGGAUGAGAACGACCUGUGGCUAGCAGAUCAUUUCUUUCAAUCUUGUCUCGAGACUGCCACAAGGGUUGUCGAGGGUGGAGAUAGAAAAGAGGCAGAGGCACACUGUAACAUAGGUCUAGGCUUCGAAAGGAGGAGAGAGUUCUCGACAGCUGCUGAUCAUUUUGAGGAUUUCUACGCAUUGACUUCAUCCAAGGAUUGGAUGACCAAGGAGAACCAACUGCUUCACUCGGAGGCCUGUGAACAUCUGCGACGCCUCUACACAGCCACGGCAGAGAGCUUCCAGAGCGAAUACAAUACUGACAACAAAGAAGCCAUCAACUAUCUAUUGAAGGCCUAUGAAAUGGCCAAAGAAAGUAAAGAUGGGCGGAAAGAGGGAGAGGCUAGCUACAGGUUAGGACAAGCAUAUGAGACGUCAGGUGACAGUGAGACUGCUUUGAUGUACUUACAAGGCUUCAUGGACAUCUGCAAGAGAUUUAAUGACCAACCUGGAAUGGGAAAAGCAUGUGAGGCUAUUGCUAAAUCAUAUGAGAGACAAGGAAAGCGGGAUGAGGCAGUGACAUAUCUAGAGAUGUUUGUGGAGAUUGCUGAGAAGAAUAAUGAGGAGAAGGCUCUAAGUCAAGCUUGUAGCUGUCUAGGUGCCAUCUAUAACUCACUGGGUGAAUACGAGAAAGCAUCUCAUUACUUUGGGAAAGCCUAUACUAUGGCCCGUAGCCUGGGUGAUCCUGAAACGGUGGAAGAAGCAAGAACCCAGUUUGGGAUUUCCAGCGCGCACAAAGCAUUGACAUCCUUUGUAUCCGUGGUUGAGAAUCCUUCCAGGAAGAUCAUGGCUCAGCUGAUGAAUUGGAAGGACGUGAGGAAUGAUGCCUUCGUUGUUGCCCUUGCUUCAUCAGAAGAAGAUGAUGCACACUGACAGUAACUAAUGCUCAAAUGAAGCUAGUAGAAUCUCUGCUUUCCUUCAGUGAAUCAUCAUACAAGUGCCAGACUGGAAGACAUGCUUUCACAGGGGAUCUGCCGUCCAUGUAUACAUAACAGGUGUAAAUAAAGAAUAUUGUAAAUACAGUUGGAAUAUUUUUUACUAUUUCAAUGUCUAUACAGGACACCAUUCACUUGGAACAAAUUCAAGAUACCUGCAACAAGACUGUUUGAAAAGGAAAAGUGAAUUAAGACAUGUUUAAAAUGAGAAUGAAAGAAGGUAUAUAUUUGGAAGUGUGACAUAAAAUGAGUUUCCUUUGAUAAAAUACUCCCUCUGAAGAGGUAAAUUCACUGUUUUUUAUGUCAGAUAUUUUCUUUCCUUUUUUCCCAGGGAGAGAUCUUGGGUACAAAUUAUUAAUCAUUUAAUUGGAAAAAAUUCUUUAAUCAGGACUUUCUGCAUUUUGAAAAUGCAAAAAUAAAAACAAACAAACACUAACAGGCACAUGAAUGCCAAAACUUUAUACAUUUGAAUCAGCGAGGGAUGUGGCAAACAGACCCCCCCCCCCCCCCGUCUUAUUAUUAAUAUGUUGUUAUUGUGGUAUCGCCAUCAGCAUAUUACUUAAUUUAGUACCAAAUUAAGUCCAUAUGAUUACAUUUUGAAAAAACGUAACAUGCUUUUGAAGUAAAAGAAUUGGGGAGGUUUGGUCACAUGUACUGCCACUGUAACCUUUCUGAAUGGGAACAACACAUACUGUAAGUUGUACAUUUUUCACAUUUAUCAAUGUGAAUUGCAAAAUGUUAAACGUAAAUGUACAUUGGGUGUUGAAGGCAGAGGUAGGUGGAAUGUUACUGUGUCAGGCGUACAUCUAAUUGUUUUCUGAGGCUAUAUCACAUUUUGAUGUUUUCCCUUUUGUAGAAUUUGUAUGAUUCCAUUCAAAACUUCUUGAAGAUUAACAACAUCCAAAAUCCAACAAGCAGUUGAUUAAAAGUUGUGCUUCUAUCACAAAACAGACUUUUGUAGCCAAAUGGCCUUUCUUUACAUAUUUUCAGUGCAUAUUUUCUCUAGAGAAGAAAGAAAACUAUGUCCACUGUUGACAUGUAGCCUUUACAUAUAGGGGUGUUAUUCUGAAAAUUAGUUGAAUAUUUAUUGUAGGAAUAUAUAUUGUCGUACCAAAUCAAAUAAUGAACUUUUGCAUACAGUUGGCUUUGUAUGUGGAAGCUAGUUUCAUGAAUGCCAGUGAAAAUACACAAGAUUAAUUAAGAUUUGAAUAAACCUUUUUAGUGAAAUAAAAAGAUAAAUUAUUUUAUUUCAUAUUACCACCCCAGUUGACAGCUAUAUAUGCUCGACUUUAUUUCAAUUUGAAUUUCAGUAGUAUGACAAAAAUUGUAAUUGUCUUAAUUAUUGUAAAAUCUAAUCUAAAAGAUAUUUUCAGGGUCGAGUGGAGAAUGUGCAUACAUUGUGUGCAGGUAAGCCUGAAUCUGAUGACCGGGGUAAUAAUAUAUAUAUUUCUGUAAAGCGCUUUGAGAGGGCCUUUGGUCCUGAAAAGCGCUAUAUAAAAACUAGCUAUUAUUAUUCAUUCCAAAACACUAAAUUCAUGCUGAAAAAAAAUAUGUAAAACAUAACUUCAAAUGUGAGAAAUUAUUUCAAAUAAUAUAUGUAUUUGUAUAUAUUUUAUAAAUGUGAAUAAACUCUGAAAGAAACAUGUAAGAAA